CCUCCUUUCAAUGUAAGAUGGUGGUUUGUGGUGUAAGUAGGUAGCCAGCACCUUUCUAAGCUGAGAGGAAAGGCCGGUUGUUUCCAGAAGACUGCUGCUUCUGAGCCCGCACACGGCAACUUUGUGUCCGGAGUUACUGUCCCACACAGGCGGACUUCAGCCUCAACAUCCUGGAGAGAUAUCUCCAGUAACGCAUAGGCAGGUCCUGCAGCUCCUCUGAAAGCUGACCAUUCCAGUGGUGAGAAACUGUAUGAUGUCCCGGAACCCCGACGUGAAGGACGACUCGAUGGAGUGCCCACUGUGUAUGGAACCGCUGGAGAUCGACGACGUCAACUUCUUCCCCUGCACCUGUGGAUACCAGAUCUGCCGCUUCUGCUGGCAUCGAAUCAGGACAGACGAGAACGGUCUCUGUCCUGCCUGCAGAAAGCCAUACCCAGAAGACCCGGCAGUGUACAAGCCGCUGUCACAGGAGGAGCUGCAGAGGAUAAAGAACGAGAAGAAGCAGAAGCAGAACGAGAAGAAGCAGAAGAUCACAGAGAACAGGAAACACCUGGCCAGCGUCCGAGUGGUCCAGAGGAACCUGGUGUUUGUAGUGGGGCUGUCUCAGAGGCUGGCUGACCCUGAGAUUCUAAAGAGGCCAGAAUAUUUUGGGAAGUUUGGAAAAAUUCACAAAGUGGUGAUCAACAACAGUACGUCGUACGCUGGUUCACAGGGGCCCAGUGCCAGCGCCUAUGUCACAUAUAUCCGGUCUGAAGACGCUCUCAGAGCAAUCCAGUGUGUCAACAAUGUGGUGGUAGACGGCAGAACACUGAAGGCUUCCUUAGGAACAACAAAAUACUGCAGUUACUUUUUAAAGAGCAUGCAGUGCCCCAAACCUGACUGCAUGUAUCUACACGAGCUGGGGGACGAAGCUGCCAGCUUUACAAAAGAGGAGAUGCAGGCAGGAAAGCAUCAAGAGUAUGAGCAGAAACUACUACAAGACCUCUACAAAAUGAACCCGACCUUCCUACAGAGCUCAGCGUUGUCAGGGGACAAAGCAAAGGGCAAAGGCAGCUCUCUGCAGAGGUCGAAUAGCUCCAGUAAAGAUGGCUGGCUGUCAUUACAGCCGUCAGGGAGGGCCAUCAACGGUCUGUCAUCAGACAGGAAGAGUCCGCCAUUGGAUGGCUCCGACUCUGAACACUUGACCCCCGAGGGGCCCGAACCUGACCUCAGCCUUGGCCCUGUACCGGCCCUCUCCCCUUUCUCCCCAAACUGUGACCUUGCUAGCCCCAGCAACAAACUGCCAGAAAUCAUCAGUAUAGGAAAUGGUGAAACCUCACAACUGCUCCUGGGCAGUGACUCUCCGUCGCCCCCUCCUGGCCUCAGUAAGCCCAGUCUGGUGGUUCCCAUCAGCGUCACAGGCCACACAGUUCACUCCCCAUUUGAGGCGGCUGCAGCAGAAUCCCAGUCGCUGUUCUCAGACAACAGUAACUUCAGGCAUCCAAACCCACUCCCCAGUGGACUGAGCGGCUUCCCCAGCUCCCCACACAGCAACGCCGACUGGCCCACUGCACCAGAGCCACAAAGCCUCUUCACCUCAGAUACCAUCCCAGUGUCAUCGUCCACAGACUGGCAGGCAGCGUUUGGCUUCGGCUCGUCCAAACAGCAGCAGCAGGAGGAUGACCUGGGCUUCGACCCCUUUGACAUCACGCGUCGGGCUCUGGCUGACCUCAUAGAGAAGGAGCUCUCUGUUGAAGACAGCUUCAACUCCUCCAUGUCUCCCAGCUCCUUCCCCCACAGAACUCAUGGACCCCUUCUAAACAAAGGCCUCGGCCCUCCAGGAGAGUUGCGUCUCCCCAACCACGUCCCAUCCUCUUACCACUUCUCCCAGCAUCAGCACCCUCACAGGGGAAGCUACAGCUCCUUCAGCUUCCCCACUCACCCCUCAUCAUCAUCUUCAUCCUCCUGCUCCUCCACCUCCUCCUCGGCAUCUUGUGGGUCUUGGAUGGGUUCCACCUCCUCACGCAGUAACUUUGUGCACUUGAACCACACGGUCAGUCCAACAGCCUCCACCUCACACAGCAGCUUCUUGGACUUGACGGUGCUGCCGGGACAUCACAGUACUGGGCUCGGAGGAAUCCCCAUCUCAGAAAACAGCACAUGUGUAGAGAGUUUAAAUGUGAAAGAGUGGCAGGAUGGCCUCAGAGCACUUUUACCCAACAUCAACAUCAACUUUGGAGGACUGCCCAACUCCUUGUCUUCCUCAUCGUCAUCCUCCUCAUCCAGUGUCAACCACACAGGCCCACCCGGGGUUUCUGGGAGUUUUUCCCACGGUCUCUGCUGGGACAGCACAGCCAGCUGGAUGGACCCAGCCAUCAUCAGAGGUAUGCCGGCCUCCAGUGGAAACAGUCUGGACUCUCUUCAUGACGACAAUCCUCCACACUGGCUCAAGUCCUUGCAGACGCUCACAGACAUGGAUGUCCCGUCCAGCACCGCCUCACAAAACGGCCCCUUCGGGAGCCAGCCACCCCCCCACAGAGCUGGUUGGGCGCACUACCCGGCCCCCACCAACCAGUUUCACUCCCCACCACCAGGCUUCCAGACAGCCUUUAGACCCGCAGCACAGACCCAGGCAGACCUGCUACAGAGUGCAGCUAUCGACCGCCACUAGGGACUGUCAACACACACACACACACACACUGAAUCAGCAGAUACAAAACUAUUAACAACUAAUAAGAUAAUCUAAUAUUUGACUUUCUUCCUCCUCCAGAUCUUCUGAGCUCUUGUGUUUCUGAUGGUUGUUAUGAGUCUGGUCUAGGCGAGCUAACCCAGCCACACCACACUGCCUCAUCAUUUCACAGUACUGCAGAGACAGAAGCAGAGUCACUCAUCAUGUGCACAAAGUGUGUUUGAGAAGAAGAACAGCUGACUGAUGUGAUGUUUUAAGAGAUGAGUGAAGUCAGAUGCUGUUUCCAGAGAGCUGCAUGAGAAUCAGACAGAAGCGCUCGCAGCUCGCCAAUAGAAAUCCAGAUGACACAUUGUAGAAGGUUACAGUGACAGUGUGUAGCUCAAAGGCUUUGCUUCUGGUCUGCUUGUGUUUUAGGCCUUAACAAACAUUUCAUUCUGAUUGUACCUGUAUGAUAAUAUGUGACUAUUAAAGUGAACUUGAAGUGAAACAGCACAUUGAUUUGGACAUUCUCAUGAAGUAGAUAGGACUGGAAACUGAAACAGUGACUGACUUUAUGUCAUUAACAAACAUUUGAGACAGAGGCUGUCCUCGUCUCUUUAUGGACACUUUAGUCUACUGUACCGGAAUCCACUGAUUCCACUCGUGUCAUUUCAAUGGGAGAUAAAAGCUGGUGUGACCGAGCCCUUAGGCGCAUUAAAGAGGAACUGCACAUCAGCAUGUUUGCAGAUGUUUGACACUUCUACUGCAAACGUGAAGAAAGUGCAGACUGCAGAGGGAGCUGUGUGUAGUGAACAUACCAGACCUCUGAAGACCCCUCCUCAGCUCAGACGGGGCUAGAGGCUCCAGGCUACAUUAGCCAAAACUAGCAUGUGUAUAUAAAUAGAUGAUAUAGGAGUGCAAUGCUAAAUCAGUGGAGUGGUCUGAAUUCACAGGUGAAAAGAUGUUGUGGAGACAUUGGAAAACAAAAUCUCAGCCUUAUGUCAAAAGUGAAGAACUGCAGCGCAGGACAGGAAGAUGGAUGCAGUUCUGUUAAUAGCACAGUGGGUGUGUGCAUUCAUCGAUGUUUGAUAUGUAUAGUCUGCACAUUUAGGGCUGUCCCUCGUCCUGCAGACGUGAGCAGGAAGUAGGAUUUGUGUUCAGGGAUGGUUUUUGCAGAGCAGUAAAUGGGUUUGAAACUGUGCCAAAGUCAAAAGUGUGCUGUGGACUCCUUUUAAGCUGCGUGAAUAUUCACUGGCCAAACCUCUGUAUCAGAGGGUUGAAGGUAAACAGACGGGUUUAUAGCACAGUCUGCCACUGUGUGGCGCUCACUGUCAGCUGUCUGCAGAGACCUCGCCCAUUGUCCCAGAUUUAUGUGACGGCUUAAAGCCUCAACCGCUCGGCUGAUGAUGACAUUCGGUGGAAGUCACUGUUGUUCUGUGCUUGUGGUUUUAGACAUUUAAAGAGUUCUAUUUAGCACAUUUGAGUUUUUAACCUGAUAGGGCUGCAGCAGGAAGCUUGAGGCGUGUGCUGGGACAGCAGAGCUUCAGACCAGCUCAGACCAUCAGUAUCACCAGGUUUACAUCAUGCACCUUUUAUUAUCAGAAGCUUCACUUUGUAAUGGUCCUAAGUUGUAUUUUUUCACACGGUCCUGACAGCUUUCAUAAGUCAACAGUGCUCCUGAGGAAUCGGUUGCUGAUGCAGCCUAACGUGUUUUCAUAAUGUUCAAACAUGUCGAUGAAUGUCAAAUAUGUCAGUGAAUAGCUGAGGGGGUCACAUCUCUCUAGGUCUGGAACAUAAAACAAACUAAAUAUCAAAUAAAAGAGAAAAUCUGAA